UUAAAGGAAGAGUAAAAGCUUUAACAACAACAACAACACCCACACACUCCACACUUCAUACCUUACAUCACCGCACCAAACAAAAGUCUCUUUCCCUCUUUCACACUCUCUAGGGUUUCCUCUAUUCGCAUCUCGAUUUUCCGAUUUUCUCCAUGGACGAGGUUCCUGUGAUUGAAGAAAAUGAAACAAAGUCUGAAGCGCAUUUGACUUCUGCUGCUGCUUUUGUGGAAGGUGGAAUUCAGGAUGCUUGUGAUGAUGCUUGCAGUAUAUGCCUUGAAGCUUUUAUUGAUAGUGAUCCUUCAACGGUGACGAGUUGCAAGCAUGAGUUUCAUCUUCAAUGUAUUCUGGAAUGGUGUCAAAGGAGUUCCCAGUGCCCCAUGUGUUGGCAAUCUAUCAGUCUCAAGGAUCCAACAGGCCAGGAAUUGCUUGAGGGUGUUGAAAGAGAGAGGAACUUUAGGGUCAAUCCGUCUAGAAAUGCUACAAUAUUUCAUCAUCCAACACUGGGGGAUUUUGAGUUACAACAUUUGCCAGUUGGAGCAAAUGAUGCUGAUCUUGAAGAGCGUAUAAUCCAACACUUAGCUGCUGCAGCAGCAAUGGGGCGAGCACGCCAUAUUGCUAGAAGGGAAGGCCAGAGAAAUAGGUCAUCAGCUCAAGGUCGCCCACAGUAUUUGGUAUUUUCAGCUCAUCCUAAUUCACCUCCCAUGGCUGCUGCUUCUUCCUCUCCACCUCAGAGAGGGGAUGGUGAAUCAACUCCUUCUAUCACUCUAUCUCCAACUUUUUCGACUGGAGAAGAACCACCACAGCUUACUUUAGUUCACCCAGUUCAAACCGACCAGGUUUCUGCUUCAGGAUCCGGGUCUACGGCUCUUGCUACUGACAAUCAGGGAUUAUCUUAUAACAACAGGAGAUCUCCUAAUCAGUCUUCUCCAAGUAGCCAAGACAGAGCAGGACCAUCAGAUCUCCAGUCGUUUUCAGAUUCUCUGAAAUCAAAACUAAAUGCCGUGUCUACAAGAUACAAAGAGUCAAUUUCCAAGAGCACAAGAGGGUGGAAGGAGAGGUGGUUCUCACGGAACAGCUCUGUAACUGAUCUUGGAUCUGAAGUUAGGAGAGAAGUUAAUGCAGGGAUUGCAACUGUGUCACGAAUGAUGGAACGCUUGGAGACCAGAGACAAUAAUAGACCCAGUAGCAAUUCUUCUCCAAGUAAUUCAGAGGAUGGUCCAGUUCAGGAAUCAAAUGAUCGGCAUUUAACAGACACUGAAAGGGACAGUCCUUUGAUAGACAAUAACACCAAAACAUCUUGCACUGCAGGUUCUAGUUCAAAUUAAGCAUAUAAAUGGACUUGCUUGAACUCCAAUCUGUUUUGUCCUAAAGAUAUUGUGUUUCUCUUUGCUGGCUUUUCCUAUUUUAUCCAUUGUCUGCAUGGACCUACAAACACGGAUGUUGUCUUGAUUUUCCAUUUGCUGUUGAAUAGUAUACUCAAUUAUGUUUCAGCAGGAAACUUGAUUUGAUUUUGUUGUUUAGCGAAGCAUGUCAAAUAUUUUCUAAUCCAUAUCCAGAUUUGCAAGCCUUUUUUGUCUGUCUCAUUGCAUUAGUUGUAAUUCUAAUUAUGUUAUUACUCUGCUGAUGGAUUUUUCUAUCAUAUCAGUUAGGAAUAGAGUUGACCAUUACUGGAUUGAAAUUCUGUGGAUGUGGUGCAUUGCCUAUUGGCUGGCGCAGAAGUGAUAAUCCUUUGAUCUACAAAAGAUGACCGACAAUUGUGAUAUUGGAAGUAAUAAAGAACUUAAGGAAAAAAGCAGCUGUGGUCUCAUUUGUUUGAAACUCAGGAAUCUUUAUGUGAUUGUAUAUUUGGUUCACCUUGUAAACUUAUUUAUAGAUAUUUUUUAGAUAUCUUUACAUAAAACACCAUGUCUCUUCGACCUCAAGAUAUGCGUGUUUAAACAUACCGUUAAUGGGACACAAAGUAAUACUCAUAAAUUCAUAAUGUGUUAAAAUUGCGUUUGAUUGUGAAA